AUGCUGAUUGUCAAAGACUUCAACUCACGAGAUAACCCCUGGAAGGCGUCGCCCAACGCCACGCUCAAGGCCCUGCCCGGCGUAUUCGUCAUGAAGUUCGGCGAGCAACUCCGGUCGAGCGUCAUCCGCGAGUACCAGUGGUACUACAUUGACUACAAUGCCUUGAAGGCCGAGCUGAAGCAUGCCACCGGGCCUCUGAGGGCUGGCGGUACUUCCAGACCCGAGUGGACCGAGGAGGAUGAGAUUCGAUUCGUCGGCAAGCUCGAGGCUGAGCUGGAGAAGGUGCACACGAAGCAGCAGGUCAAGGCCAUGGAGAUUUCCAGGCGUAUCGCAGUCAGUGACCACGAGGUCAAGGAUGUCGUCAACCGGUUGAAUGAGCGUGGCUUGAACGAGGAAGGCCCCAGCGAGGAGGAAUUUCUGCUGCUCGAGGAGGACUUGAGCGACAUCAUUGCCGACGUUCAUGAUCUCGCCAAGUUUGUGCAGUUGAACUACACGGGCUUCUACAAGAUUAUCAAGAAGCAUGAUAAACUGACCGGCUGGCAUCUCCGCCCCGUUUUUGACACCCGACUCAAGGCGAAACCGUUCUACAAGGAGAACUACGAUGCCUCCGUCAUCCAGCUGUCGAAGCUCUAUGACCUGGUUCGAACCCGUGGCAACCCCGUUAAAGGCGACAGCGCUGCUGGAGGUGGCCAGGCCAACUUUGUUCGCCAGACAACAAAGUACUGGGUACAUCCUGACAACGUCACCGAGCUGAAGCUCAUCAUCCUGAAGCACUUACCAGUCCUUGUGUUUAAUGCUAGCAAGGAGUUUGAGCAAGCGGACUCGGCCAUCACCUCUAUCUACUACGACAAUCCCGAGAAAUGGGACUUGUACGAAGGCCGACUGAAGAAGACUGAGGGAGCCGAAGCUAUUCGACUGAGAUGGUAUGGUGGAAUGCAAAACGAGACUAUUUUCGUCGAGCGAAAGACUCACCGAGAAGACUGGACUGGCGAAAAGUCCGUCAAGGCCCGUUUUUCCAUCAAGGAGAAGAACGUCAACGCGUAUAUGCGUGGUGAGCUUCUUCCCGCAGCCAUUUUUGAAAAAGCACGCAAGGAAGGCAAGAAGUCGGACAAGGCCAUUGCGGAAGACGAGCGCUUGGCCUCUGAAAUUCAGUACUCUGUGUUGAAGCAUGGCUACGAGCCUGUGUGUCGCUCAUUUUACAACCGAACAGCCUUUCAGCUGCCAGCAGACGCUCGAGUUCGGAUUUCGCUGGACACCGAGCUCACCAUGGUCCGCGAAGACAAUCUCGAUGGACGUCGGCGAAGCGGUGACAACUGGAGACGCAUGGAUAUUGGGAUCGACUGGCCAUUUUCACAAUUACCUGCUGAGGAUGUCGUCCGGUUUCCCUAUGCCGUUCUCGAAGUGAAACUCCAGACCCAAAUGGGCCAAGAACCUCCCGAGUGGGUACGACAGCUCAUCUCAUCACAUCUGGUCGAGGCGGUGCCCAAGUUUUCCAAGUUCAUCCACGGCACGGCCUGCUUGUUUCCUGACCGAAUCAACCUUUUGCCUUUCUGGAUGCCGCAGAUGGAUGUAGAUAUCCGGAAGCCUGCUUCACAUGAUUUUGGUAUCCGCAGACCUGGACUGUCAAACACGACCAAUACCUCGGAUGAUGAUGACGACGACGAUGAUGAUUUGGACUCUGACGAAGAAGAACCGAGACUGUCGGCUCGUCCUGCUACCUCGAACAGCCAAUCCGGCCCACGCGCUCUCACUGGAGCAGCCGAUGCGGAAGGCCAGACGGCCGACCAAGCAGUCGGCAAUGACGAUUAUCCCAUCUAUGACUCCGACGACGAGUACGAUGCCAACUACGAGCUGGAAGAAGCAAGACGCGUCGGCGGAUGGCACUACUACCAUACCAUCUUGACCACCAAAGGACGAGCACUCCGCGACGGAACCCUUAGCCUUCUCAAGCACCUGGUUCCCGCUCCACGAAGCACGCAGGUCCCUCGUAGUGACAGACUCCAAAUGCUGUUUGGCUCCAGCACCAUUCAGCAGAAAAAGUUCAAGGCGCCCCCGGGGAAGAAGAUUUAUGUCCCUGUCCGCGUCGAGCCCAAGGUCUACUUUGCCGCAGAACGAACUUUUCUAGGAUGGCUCGAAUACUCCAUCUACAUUGGUGCAAUUGCCAUUACCCUCCUCAACUUUGGUGAGCAUCCGACUACUACGUCGUUCUUCGUCGCGGGCAUCUUUACACUGCUUGCGAUCCUGAGCUUGUGUUAUUCGGUUGGGAUCUACUUGUACAGAAGCAAUUCGAUUCGGAACCGCAGGGCGGCCCGGUUCUACGACAAAUGGGGACCUAGCGUGCUCUGCGUGUCGUUGUUCAUCGCCGUGGCAUUGAACUUUGGCUUCGAGGGAAGGCAGAGAAGUAUUUGGUAA